GCUCAACCAUUCUAGGGUAUAGUUGACAUCUCCCCUCCCCUUCGUCGUCAUCGGAAAAAAAAGGGAGAAAUUGAAAGUUGUUUAGGGGGGGGAGACAAUGAUUUUAAAAACACAGAGGGUGAAUAAAGGAGAAAUAUUAAAAAGGGAUUAUAAUAAGGCAUCACUGUUGGCCAAAAACAAGAACAAAAAAAAAAAAAAAAAAAAAAAAAAAAAAAGGUGUUUGCACAUGGAAAAAUCACACUCAGAAAUCAAGCCAGUACAAGAACGUAAUUAAAAAAAGGGGGUUUUUUUUGGAUCACAUGGGAACAGGAAAUGAUAUGGGAAAGGAAAGGAUACGU